AAUAAAUACUGGGAUACAACGAAAUGCAAAAAGCGACCUACUACGACAGUUCGGCGAUCUACGGCGGCUACCCAUACCAAGGAGCAAACGGUUUCACUUAUAAUGCGAGUCAUCAGCAAUAUCCUCCGCCUUCGGCGCUGGUGGAGAGCGAGUACCAUCGCCCGGCCUGCUCCCUGCAGUCCCCUGGCAGCGCCGUGGCCCGCCACAAGGCCAAUGACAUCAACGAGAGCUGUAUGAGAACCAUCGGGGCCCAAGGUGGCCAGGCUCAGGGCCUUGCCGAAUCCCAACAGCCUCCGCCACAGCCCCUGCAGCAGCCCCAGCAGCCCCAGCAGCAGCCCCUGCAGCCGCAGGCUCCGCCACCAUCUUCCCAACAGCCCCCGCAGCCGGCUCAGCCCCCCGUUCCUUCGGCUCCAUCGUCCUCACAGCCCCCUCCCUCUGUCUCGCCACCUCAAAAUGCCAGCAGCAAUCCAGCCCCCACCAAGAGUCCCAUGCUCAAUUCGCCUACCAUGUCCAAACAAAUCUUUCCUUGGAUGAAAGAGUCUCGUCAAAACACAAAACAGAAAAACAGCAGCUCCAGUUCAGGUGAGAGUUGCUCUGGCGAUAAAAGCCCCCCGGGGCAAGCAUCCUCCAAGAGGGCUCGAACAGCUUACACAAGUGCCCAGCUGGUGGAGCUGGAGAAGGAAUUCCACUUCAAUAGGUAUCUGUGUAGGCCCAGGAGGGUCGAGAUGGCCAACUUGCUCAACCUUACCGAGAGACAGAUCAAAAUCUGGUUUCAAAACCGCAGGAUGAAAUAUAAAAAGGAUCAGAAAGGCAAGGGCAUGAUGACGUCCUCUGGGGGGCAGUCCCCCAGCCGCAGCCCGGUGCCUUCUGGUGCCGGAGGGUACCUGAACUCUAUGCAUUCUCUGGUCAACAGUGUUCCCUACGAGCCCCAGUCGCCCCCGGCCUUUAGCAAGCCUCAUCAGAACGCCUAUGGCCUCCCCAACUCCUACCCAGCUGCCCUUAACAGCUGCCCACCUCCUCAGAAGCGGUAUUCGGGGACUGCCUCGGUCACUCCAGAUUACGACCCUCACCCCCUCCAAGGCAACGGUAGUUAUGGGACCCCACACUUACAGGGAAGCCCCGUCUUCGUGGGGGGCAACUAUGUGGAGCCCAUGAGUAAUUCCGGGUCUUCCAUCUUUGGUCUGACUCAUCUGCCCCAUCCCGUCUCGGCCAACAUGGACUACGGGGGGCCCGGGCCCAUCGCCAAUAACCAUCAUCAUGGACCUUGUGAGCCCCACCCCACCUACACAGACCUUACAGCUCACCAUCCUUCUCAGGGAAGAAUUCAGGAGGCGCCCAAACUGACCCAUCUGUGAUGGACCUCGGGGUUGAGUGGACACAAAGUCAACCCACUUCUUUCUUUUUUAGUUCUCUUGUGGUUUUUUU